AUGGAGGAAAGCAGCAAAAAAUGCAAGAAAAUGAAGUGUUCAGGCUCACUAUGUAGCAACACAAAGGUCAUGCACAGGCCUGAACCUUCAUCCCCUGAAGACCAGAAGAAGAGGGCUUCAAUGGGCUUAUGUAACAGUGAUGGCUCCAGCAGAUCCAUGAAAGCCCCUCUCAAUGAACUUAAUGGGCCCUCUGUUUCCACUUCAUCUUCUUCACUUUCUCUCUCUUCUAAUUCUCCUUCUGCUAGUGGAUCCUUCAGGGGGAUGCCUUUUAGAAGACUGUCUGGGUGCUAUGAGUGUAGAAUGGAUGUUGACCCUGUUCUUGGAAUCACAAGAGACACUUCUCUCAGAGCUACCAUAUGUCCAUGUCCUGAAUGUGGUGAGAUCUUCAUGAAAGCUGAAUAUUUGGAGCUUCAUCAAGCUGUUAGACAUGCAGACCGCAUUCUCAAAGUCCACAACACCCCCAAAACCAUCUCAAAAUUCGAAGAAUACAGAGACGCCAUUAAAGCCAAAGCCACCAAGCUCCGAAAGAAACACCCACGUUGCAUAGCAGAUGACAAUGAACUCCUCAGGUUCCACUCCACCACCUUCAUGUGCUCACUGGGCCUAAACGGCUCUUCGAAUCUCUGCAAUUCAAUCCCAAAUUGCAACGUUUGUAGCAUCAUAAGAAAUGGGUUCAAGGUUGUCGGAGAGCCCACCAGUGGAGUAGCCGGAAAAGGAAUACUGACGACGGCGACGAGCGGAAAGGAGCAUGACAGUGCCGGAGUGGCGUCGGAGAAUGAAAAGAGGGCGAUGUUGGUUUGCCGGGUGAUUGCCGGAAGGGUGAAGAAGAACAUGGAGGGAAGUGGGGAGGAGUACGACUCCGUUGCCGGAGCUGCCGGAGUUUAUGCUAAUUUGGAUGAGUCGUAUGUGUUUAAACCUAAGGCUAUAUUGCCUUGUUUUGUUGUUAUCUACCAGGGGUUUUAG